AGGGGGUGUAGAGGGUUUGGGCGGUCUGCUGCUGCUGCUGCUGCUGCUGGGAAAACCUGCCGUCAGACAUCCAGUUGGACUCCGGCGGUGCAACGUUGCUUUUUCCCGCAGCAUCAGCAUCCGCGACACCCGCAGCGCAGCUUCCAGCCUCACCUGCUCCUGCGUGCGCCUCCCCCCGCCUCCGCGACGAGGGACACUCGCUGCCGCAGCACAGAGGGGACGCACGGACGAGGGAGACCAGCUGAGCAGUCUACGGGGAAAUACAGGGGAGACAUUUAAGGGCAGUGAAAGAUGGUGAAACUGGGGAGUAAUCUUCAAGACAAGGGGGGCAAACCUGUGAGCGUGGAGGACGGCUUUCAGAAUGUGCCCCUCAUCACUCCACUGGACGUCGGCAGCCUCCAGAGCCAAGCACCUGACAAGGUGGUGGUGAAAACCCGCACUGAGUACCAGACAGAGAAGAAGAGGCUGAAGGUUCCCAAGGUGGAGGAGUUCACCAUCAGCUUCACUGACGGAGUGUCUGAGAGACUUAAGGUGACUAUUCUGAUCAUCCUGGCCCUGGCCUUCCUCGCCUGCAUCGUGUUCCUGGUGGUUUAUAAAGCCUUCACCUACGACCACGCCUGCCCAGAUGGAUUCAUUUACAAGCACAAAAGGUGCAUCCCGGCGUCUCUGGAGGCCUACUACGCCGCCCAGGACGCCAACUCGAGGGGCCGCUUCUACACGGUGAUCAGCCACUACAGCAUGGCCAAGCAGACCACCUCGCACUCUGUCUCCCCCUGGCUGCCUGGAGGGGCGGCAGGGCAGCAGCAACAGCAGCAGCAUGACGCUAAACCGCCGGCCGGCGAGGGUCACUGAGUUUUGGCCCAGAGGGCAAAGUGUGACGCAAACACACGCAGACAUGAAGAAAGAACGACAGAUGCAGGCAGAUAGGGACGCACGCACACGUACAUGUAGCUGAACAUUUUAGAUGUAGAUUAAAGCCACGCACAACAGACACAGUGUGACGGCAGUGUAGAGUGAAAACAUGCAUGCAGACAUGAUACACACAAGCACACGCUAGGUCCUGGUUUCCCUAGAGUGUGUGUCGGGUUUCUUAUUUAGGGGGCAUUUCCCAUUGAACCUUCGCCGUCUUGGGAUUACCUUUGUCUGCUGAUACAAACUCCCACAUACCAACACAGCCUGCUCUCUCGUUACCAUGUCUUUGAUCCCUUUUCAUUAUUAUUGAUUGUCUUGAUAUAUUUAUUUUUUACUGUAAUGUAUGAAUAACUUGUUUGUGAUUGUCUUUGUACAAAGGCUUGAGUCAGUGCUGAAUUUCACGCUUCCUCUUUGUGAGAUUCUUUGAGGUUUUCUUCAAGUGUGUUUCUGUAGUUAACGUUUGUUCAUUCAAGGCCGCCUUUCUCGGAUCCCUUCAUAUUCCGACCGCGAAAACGUCUAAUAUUGCUGUAAUGAAUUUUUAAACACAUCACUCAUCCGAGGAAGGUUUGAGGGUCCAUGUCCAGUGGAAAUCCUUUUUCCAUCGUGGCUGUUCGAUAGCUUGUAUACACACUAACGAUUCAAUGUUCUGUCUUAUACGAUUCAAACCCUGAUAUCUCCCAGUGACCCGCGCUGUACAUACAGCUGUGUGAUCAGGCUAGUUCUUGUGUUUGUAUGCCUUGUGGUAGCUUUUAUUAGGAGGUUUUUUAUUUCUGAUUUCACAGACCUGCAAUUCGUUCAUGCAAGUUACUUACAUAUUGCUCCGGUGUCGUAGCUCCCUUAAACGCAACGUUGCAAAUGGGAAAGGAAUGGCGUAUCUUGCCCAAACUGUUGUUCUCCGCUGAGAUUUGUAAGGUAUCGUUGGGUUUCAAUUGCAGUUGAAUUCUGCUCCUGUGCAGAUUUAUUUUCAUUUUGUAAUGUUGGAUCUGUUGUCAAGAGCGCUUUUAUGAGGUAUUGUGAUGUUGUUAGUUACGUAGCGAUACGCGGUGUACUUUAUCAGUGUGCAUCCUUGUCCCUGUUCCCUCUGGUUUGAAUUCAAAAUAAAAACAAGCUGUGACCUG